UUCGUUACGGUGCUAAUCGAAAGUGCACAACUGUAAAAUGUGUAGAGUGAUAACAUAGACUGAAUAAUAACUAGCAAUGCGUUGUAAGAUUUAUUUGGAGAAUAACAGCCAUGCAGUUUAUUAUGCCGGGGACACAUUGAAAGGAAUUGUUGAGGUGAAACUUCAACAAACCAAACGAAUUCAAGGAGUUUACUUCAUUGUAUAUGGUGCUGCGAAAUGUUACUGGACAGAGGAAAGGGCACAGUCAAGGGGAUCGGGUGGAAACCGAAGGACAGUGAAAAAGGCUUUCAAUUAUGAAGGGAAGGAAGUAUAUUUGGACACCAAAACAUAUUUGUUAGGAACUCCCGAAGGACGUCAGAUAAAAAUGAGGAACGGCACUUACAAAUUUGAUUUCUCAUGUCAUUUGCCACGUUCCUUACCAGCCAAUUUCGAUGGAUCCUUUGGACACAUUGAUUAUUAUUGUAAAGCAGUCAUUGAAAUUCCAUGGGGCUUUGAUGAAGACUACAAAAUUAUGUUCAGAAUUGAACAAAAAGCUGAUUUGAAUGACGAGCCCUUGUUGAAAAUUCCAAGUCAUAGUGAAGAAAUUCGACAAUAUUGUUGUUUAUUUUGUACAACAGAUUUCCUUAUAUUCACUGUAACGCUACCUUUUACUGGCUUUGCACCUGGUCAGAUCAUUCCAGUCACCGUGAAUUACAACAAUAAGAGUGGAAUUGAAGUGCUAUCAACGAAAAUCAGUCUGAAGCGAAUUAUUAGAUACAAAGGUGACAUUCCACACCGAAGAACAAAUGUUGACAUAGAAAAAAUAAUUGAAGAUUAUCACGAUGGUGUUGAUGGUUCAAGUUCGGUUGAAUUUGUGAAGAAUUUGAAAUUACCUGAAAGGAUGAUUAAUACAAAUAUUAAAUACUCAAAUCUUAUUCAAGUUUCAUAUGAAAUCAAAGUUGAGGCAGAAGUUCCCGACUGUCAUAAAAAUGCUGUGAUUAUAAUACCAAUAACUAUCGGUUCAGUUCCUUUGAAGAUAAGUCAAUCAGAUUAUAGCGUCUCAGAAACUGAAAUAAAUUUCUCUGAGCCAAACACUUCAGAACAAAAUGGAAAUGGAUCAACAAUUGUUGCUUAUCCCGAUGUUCACAGCAAUAAACAAGCAGUUACUUCUCCUGCUAUUGAAGGAAAUCUACCAUUGCCACCACCACCACCGUUCGAAGAAGCUCUUGAAGUGAUUAGGAAAUCACCACAAAAUCAUGUAAAGUUAAAAGAUGAAAGAACCCCUGAAAUAACAUUAACGCCUGCUAAUCUUAGGACUUAGAAUCGCACAAGAAUAUUUACAAAGCUUGUUAUCUAUCUACUUGGAAUUUAAAUGCAUUUAUUUUGAAGUAGUAGAUAGUUCAGUUUGAAAAAGUUGUAAAUUCUAAAUUAAAAAAUGAAAUUGCAUUUAAACAGUUUCAGAUGAAAAUUUUUCAAGAGCCUUCCAGUCAAAAUUUAAAAUUAAUUGAAACUUAUCUGAUACGUAAUCACUGAGUAGAAUUAAAAUUAAUCUUAAGCUUGAAACUUAUGCAAGGAAAUUCGAAUUUUAUUAGAGAAAAUUGAGAUUGUAAGAUUAGAUCUUGGAGUAGAGAAAAUAAUGAAUUUAGAUCACCGCUUACAUUUGAAAUAUUUUCCAAACCACUGAAGAAAGCAAAUAAAGACUUUGGCAAAACAAAGUGGAGAAUUUUUAGUUUUCAAAGUCGUCAGAUUAUUUAUUUUCUUUGUCUUCUCUUUAAGCUAAUGAAACCUUUUAAAUGAUGACAAGAAAAGUCUUAAACUUUUCUUGUUCGUUUUUGCAACAAGUUGGAAAAAUUAUUUUCCACGACUUGAUCGCUUUUCUUAUUUUUUAGUCUUGUAAUUUAUCAAAUUUAAUUAGUGGCAAUAGAAAAUAUUUGAGGUGUGAUUUGAGGAUGAAAGUAAAUCAAAAUUCUAAUUGAAUCAUAAA